AUAAACAAAAAAAACAAAAACAACUAAGGUACAGACAGGUGCUCGUCGUGUCUCGUCCAAGCGACACAAAGAAGACAACCUCUUGCUCUCUCGGUCUUCUUCCUCCAUCGCUCGUGUCUUGUCCAGGCGACCCAAAGAAGACAGCUAUAUUUAAACAAAGCAAUCAAAUCUUAAGCAAUGGUAAAAACCAAACAGCAGAAGUCCAAACCCAAGAAAACUCCCCAUGUGAAAAAACAGGGAAAGCAGGCCAAUAUCGUGCAGUUUCGCACUCAGCUUGAUGCAUUGGGCCUAAAAAUUAUCGAAGUGACUGCAGAUGGUAAUUGUUUUUUCAGGGGACUUGCAGAUCAGCUUGAAGGUAAUGAGGAGGAACAUGGAAAGUAUCGCAGUAUGGUGGUCCAGUAUAUAAUGAACACUCGUGAAAUGUUUGAACCCUUUAUCGAGGAUGAUGUCCCAUUUGAUGAAUACUGCCAAUUGAUGGAAAAGGAUGGCACAUGGGCUGGACAUAUGGAAUUACAAGCAGCUUCUCUUGUUACACAUAGUAAUAUAUGUGUUCACCGGUACAUGUCACCACGUUGGUACAUCCGAAAUUUUGAUCAACAUGGAGCUCGUAUGGUCCAUUUAUCUUAUCAUGAUGAGGAACAUUACAAUAGCGUGCGGUCAAAGGAUGACCCUUGUAAUGGGCCAGCUCAGCCAAUUAUAAUCAAGGUUGAUGCUGAUCUUUCAGCAACAUCUGUUCAAGCAAAAGCUGUGUCUAGCAUUAAAGCAGGAAUUGCAAAGGACAGUUUUGAUGCAGGAUCCCUUAAAUUGGUCAUGGCAGGAAGUGGUUGUGAAAAUGCUGAGAAAGUCAAACAGGUUUUACUAGAAGUUGAUGGUGAUGUUGAUGCUGCAAUAGAGUUUUUAAUAGCGGAGCAAGAAACAGAUUCCUUUUCAGCAGAAAAUAAUUCCCUUUGUUCUGACACGAAUAUUUCUGAUGAAUGUCAAGGAGAUGGUGCAGACGGCAACUGUCAACAAUACAAGGACGAGCCUGUAACAAAGACCAAUGAACAAGUUUCAUCCAAUAAUCGCACCAAACAAACCCACGAUGAUAGCAGUUCCAGAGAAAAUGGCAAGGUUUUCUAUAUAAAGAUUCCAAGAAACAAAGACUGUCCCUGUGGAUCCAAAAAGAAACACAAGGCUUAUUGUGGAGCUGUGAAGGGAAGAUUGUCUACUAAGAUUGCUGACCGAAAAGUAGACUUUAGAAAAGGUAGAAAAGAAACAAAGCACAACAAGAAAGGACAUGCUGAAUCCGUGCCAUCCAGUGGAUCUGAUGGUUGGCUGCCUGACAUGGGUGCACUUUGUAUAUGACCAUGAACUUGAUUUUAAUGUCACCCGGGAUCUACCACUUGAUGCCUGCCCCCCAUCCUAAAUGGAAAAAAAAACCCUCUGGGCAGUUCACCACCACCAAGUCAGGCAAGCUGGGUAUCUACUGCCUGCCUUAAGGUCAGUGUUAUGCCUCAGUUUGACGCUCAUGCUUUAUCCUCCACAAGUAGUCAAUAUAUCUGAAAGCAAGCACGACGCAUUCAAGAAGGGUUGUAACCAAGAAAAAGCU